UAUGUCCUUUCGCUGAAGAUAUUCUUAAGAGAACUCAUCAACUCAAUCUCCCUAGCGACUUACGUUCGGUUCCUCAAAGCCUACCCUUACUAUGCGACUGCUUAGCACUGGCCCUGGCGGAAGCUUCAGCCUGCACUGCUUCACCAGCAACAUUCCUAGCUAUGCAAUCCUUUCGCACACCUGGGAGGCGGAUGACCAGGAGGUUACAUUCCAAGAUAUUAUGAAUGCCGCGGGAACCAGCAAGACAGGCUAUAGAAAGAUCGAGUUUUGUAAGGAGCAAGCAGAGAAAAACGGACUUCAGUAUUUCUGGGUGGACAGCUGCUGCAUCGACAAGUCAAGUAGCGCCGAGCUCACAGAAGCUAUCAACUCGAUGUUUCGCUGGUACCAGGAUGCAGCAAAAUGCUAUGUAUAUCUCUCAGACGUUUCAACAGGAAAGCACACCCGAUCUUCUAAGCUCCUAUGGGAACCGGCGUUUAGACAGGGUCGAUGGUUCACCAGAGGUUGGACACUACAGGAGCUUCUUGCUCCGCGAUCAGUCGAGUUCUUCUCCCGAGAUGGCAAGCGACUUGGUAACAAAGACUCGUUAGAACAGCAAAUUCAUAAGAUCACUGGGAUUGCAAUUGACGCACUUCGAGGACAUCUUUCUCAAUUCAGCGACGAGGAGCGAAUGGCAUGGGCAGAAAAGCGAGAGACCACGAAAGAAGAGGAUCAAGCAUAUUGCCUCAUGGGAAUCUUCGACGUCUCCCUACCAGUCAUAUAUGGCGAGGGGAAAAGAAAAGCACUCCAGCGGCUUCGAGAAGCGAUCGAUAAGCGUUCAGGCGAUACGCAAGUGGAAUGGAACAACAAGGAACGGGACUGUAUGCAAGCCCUGCGUACUUCGGCUUCCGACUACGAGCAGUUCAAGGAGAGGAACUCUAGCCGACUUAGAGAUACCUGUCAGUGGGUUCUCCAUCAUAAAAAUUUCCGAAACUGGAAAGACAGCAGCUCCUCAAGUCUUCUUUGGAUAUCUGCGGAUCCUGGAUGCGGAAAAUCGGUUUUUUCUAAAUCUCUUGUCGACGAAGACUUGAAAAAUAUGGACGCUCGCACAACUUACUACUUCUUCUUCAAAGAUGACGACGACGUACAGAAAAGUGCAGUUACAGCUCUUGCGGCACUACUCCACCAGCUCUUUCGGCGGAAACCAACACUUAUUAAACAUGCUAUUUCGGAUUUCGCCGCUAAUGGACAUCAACUUUCUCAAUCAUUUCAUACACUCUGGGGGAUUUUAAUAAAGACGGUGGCUGAUCGGAAUGCCGGGGAAGUCUUUUGCGUCUUGGAUGCCCUCGACGAAUGCACAAAAGCAGGGCAGUAUCAGAUUAUUAACGCUCUCAGUUCAUUCUAUCAGCAAGCAAGCUCCGGAAACGAUUCAUCUCGACUCAAAAUAUGUAUCACUAGUCGUCCUUACCCAGACAUCGAACGGCGCUUCACCGAUCUUACUUCUAACUUUCCUACGAUUCGGCUACACGGCGAGCAAGAGUCAGAUGAAAUCAGUCGUGAGAUCGACCUAGUCAUCAAAUGGAGAGUAUCCCAACUCGGAUCUGAGCUUAAGCUUAAUAAUUUAGAACAGUCAAAUCUCGAAAUAGAACUGUUAAGAAUGAGCCACCGAACAUACCUCUGGGUAACGCUCAUUUUCGAUAUCAUUCGUAAAAUGAUUCGACCGACAAGUCGGAAACUGAAGGCAGUUAUUAGUAACCUUCCGUCUACAGUUGAUGAAGCAUACGAAGCGAUUCUUACAAAAAUCGAGGAAGAUGAUCGACCACAAGCGCGGAAAUUGCUCUAUAUCGUUGUUGGAGCAACCAGGCCUCUUACACUGAAGGAAAUGAACAUCGCUCUAGCUAUAGAAGACCGUCAUCGCUCCUACGACGACCUUAAGCCUGACCUUGACGAUAAAGCGAGGUUUGAGGCGUCGGUGACACACCUCUGCGGGCUCUUUGUGACUGUAGUGGAUCGAACGGUCUAUCUAAUCCAUCAGACCGCAAAAGAAUUCCUUCUCGCGAAGAGCGAGGCCGCUGCUAUUGGAUGGAAACAUUCUCUUCAUGCCUUACAUAUCUUUCAUUUACUGAAUUUGAUGGAGCGACAGAUCAGAUCUCUGCAGCAGUCAAACACGACUACUUAG